AUUUAUUUGUCACAAUUUUUUUUUAAUUUUCAGCGUUAAGUAAUUUAUAUAACAUAUUUUACAGGUGGUCAUAGCGACGGAGAGGGGAAUUCUUGGUGUUAUAUUAUGUGACAAUCCUGCCGACAUAGCAUUCAUAAUAGACAGUUCAGUCAGCAUUGAAAAAGUGAACUUUGAUAAACAGAAAAUAUUUGUCCAAGAGUUGAUGCAAACGUUUGACAUUGGACCUGAUUCUAUACAAGUCUCUGCGGUUACUUUCUCCAGAGAUGCCCGGACAGAAUUCAAUUUCAAUGAUGUAGACAACACACAGGAAGCUCAAGCUAGGAUUGGAAAAAUAAGGCAUGCACAGGGAGAUGCUACAUUUACGAAUAAAGCUUUAGAGAGAAUGCGCACAAAUAUCUUCUCGUCUAGCAACGGUGCGCGUUCUGGUGUUCGAAAACUUGCUAUAUUGCUGACAGAUGGUCGAUCAACAUACAGGACUGGUACUCUUAAAGAAGCGAAACUUGCAAAAGAUGCUGGUAUUACAAUUCUUGCUAUUGGCGUUGGAAAGGAUGUGGAUGAGUCUGAAUUAAGGGCCGUUGUAUCAUCUCCGUCUGACAAGUAUUAUUUCCAUUCAUCUACAUUCGAUAAACUCAAAGAUUUAUUGAUGUACCAGGUAAUUGGAAAAGUAGCGUGUGGCGGGGAAUUAAUCACUCCUCGUCCAACUACGACAGAAGGCCAAGACGAUCGACCCGAUCCUGAUACAACUUGUCAGGGAAAGAACGCAGACGUGAUGUUUGUUGUCGACAUGUCAAGCAGUAUUUGGUCAGUACAUUUCAAACAACAGCUACAGUUCCUGGCAGACAUCACCAGUUUCUUUGACAUUGGAAAAACAAGAGUUGGAAUGAUAACGUUCAGUAACAAUUCAGUUGUCCAGUUCUAUCUGGACCAGUACUCUACCCAGGAAGAUAUAAGAAGAGCAAUUCUAAGCGUUCAGACCCUCGGAGGGUUAACUUAUACAAACCUAGCUUUAAAGACAACUCGAUAUGAAAUGUUCAGCGCAGAGCAUGGUUCCCGACGUGAUGUUGCCCACAUCUGUAUGGUAAUAACAGACGGUGUAUCCCGGUACCCGAGACAGACUGCAGUAGAGGCUAGUCUUCUCCAUCAAGCAGGAAUUGACGUCUUUGCUAUCGGUGUUGGUGAUGAAAUAGAUGUGAACGAACUUCAUGCAAUAGCGUCAAAACCACAGUAUGUUUUUGAAGUCAAUGGAUAUGGUGCGUUAAAACAGUUCGAGGAAAUUCUAGCUGUUCGAGCGUGUGAAACACCCAAGGUUACGACACCGGCUCCAGAUCCUCAGAAUCCUGAAGUUCUAUGCAGGGGAAAGAAGAAAGACGUCAUAUUUGCAGUGGAUAUGUCUAACAGUAUCUGGGAAGUAGAUUUCGAUACACAACUUAAGUUUCUGUCUGAUCUCGUCGACGUCUUUGACAUUAACUCUGGAAAUACACGGGUUGGACUUCUGACGUUCAGCACUGGCACACAAGUGAAUUUCUACCUGAAUAAUUACGCUAACGUUGAUGACGUCAAAAACGCCAUUCUUGCAGCGAAGCAAAAAGGAGGCCUACAAACAAAUACACAUCUUGCAUUGAAGGAAGUCCAAAAUGAUUUAUUAUCAUUCGAGCAUGGUGCACGAAAAGGUGUAGAUCGCGUGGUCAUUGUAAUAACCGAUGGUGUCUCAAGACAGCAAAAACUGACGGCUUCACAGGCUGAUAUGUUACAUCAAGAAGGCGUUGAAGUUAUUGCAAUUGGCGUAGGAAAAAAAAUAGAUGUAGUCGAACUGAGUAACAUUGCCUCAAGACCUGAAUAUAUGUUUGAUGUGAAUGGUGGUUACAGUACACUGAAGGACAUCUCCAACAUACUGGCAAGAAAAACAUGUGAAGUGGUUUACUGAAUGACUGCCAGUUGAGAUUCACAGAUUUGGAAGUACCUUGACGUUUGUUAAAAUUGCAAAAAUUCUUUUUGAACAUUAAAUGCUUUUGUGCUUUAAAUAGUGAAAUGUGAACGCAUACUGUAGAAGGUAGAACAAAUUGUGUAUAUUCACUAAGAUGAAAAUUUUCUUAAAUAAAUUAUGCAGAUGUUUA